AACGCGCUGUUGUAUGCAUUGUGCUGCUCGUCUUUAGUUGUUGUUUGUUACGGCGUACCUGCGUCUAUUGUUGCAGUGGAACGGGCAGUGUGCGAGGGCCGUAGGCAGAGAACGCUGUUAGCAUUCUGCGGUGGGCAACUAGUGGCCAUGAGGAAUUUUCAAUCGCCCCAUUUCAAUGAUGCGGCCAGCGAAAACGAGGACGAGGACUUAUUAGUGGACGACCCUUACCUGCUGGAGCAGUUCGGUGGGCCGGAGGAACAGUUGGGAGAGAACGAUACCGCGCAGGGCAACGACAUGGGGGACGCUUCGAACGAUUCGGAUUUUACGCUUGAGGUUGUAGACGAGGAGGAAGAAGCAGAACAGUCCGAUGACUCUACGGACAGUUACGAAGAUUCUGAUCCCAGUAUCGUUGGAAGUAUCUCCUCCAGUCCGCCUUCUCCCAAUUGUGAGAGCGGGACGACCGCUACCCAUCGUGCUAUUGAUGAUUACGACGAAGAGAUGGAAGAGGACGAUGUGGUGAAGGCAAUCAUUGCGGAGAUUAAGAAGCCCCGUUCGAAACCACCCGACAUCCGGACCGACGAUUUCGUCAUCGAUCUGUCGUUUCACACCCGAGAGGAUUUGCUUGCGAUCGGCACGUCCGUUGGCGAUGUGCUUUUCUAUCGGUAUGCAAACGAGGAGAACAAACUCGAAGCCACACAUGAACUGCACACGAAAUCGGUGCGUUGUGUGGAGUUUUCGCGCGAUGGACGGGCCCUCAUCACGACCGGCCGCGAGCGAUCAAUAAUGGUGACGGACGUCGCGACGGGCAAGUUGACACGCUGCUGGGAAGCGGCACACGAGGAACCAGUCUACAGUAUGGCCAACAUCGACGUGCACACGUUCGCCACUGGUGACGACGACGGCACGCUGAAGCUGUGGGAUGUGCGCCAGAAGGAGCCGGUGUUUUCGCUCCGCUUGGCGGAAGACUUUAUUUCGUCGAUCUGCACGACCGAUCAGCAACAAAAGUACCUGUUAACGACUAGCGGUGAUGGAUUGCUGACGACGAUCAACAUUGCUCAACGGAGGCUUUACAUUCAAUCUGAACCUUACGAGGAGGAAAUGAACUGCAUGGGGUUGUUCAAGCGCGAAAGCAAAGUGGUGGUCGGUACCUCGAAGGGUAACUACUACACGUUCAACUGGAACCAGUUUGCGUACCAUUGCGAUGCGUUUAGCGGACCGAAACCGAGUGCCAAUCGGAUGGUGCCGAUCACCGAUCAGAUUGCGGUGAUGGCCGGUGAAGACGGAGUUAUUCGAGCGAUGCACAUGGUGCCAGGCAGGAUGCUGGGCAUCGUUGGCCAACAUUCGAUGGCGGUCGACACGAUGGACAUCAGUGGCAGUGGGGAGCUGAUCGCGACCAGCUCGCACGACAAUGACGUGCGGUUCUGGAAUGUAAAAUACUUCGAAGACUUCGAUGACAUCCAGUGCAACAGCCGACCAGACAAACGGGCCGUCAAGCACAACUUGCCCUCUUCGCAGCGUACGAAUACACGCGAUUUCUUUGCCGACAUGGACGACGAAUAGAUCGGCGCUCUCGGGAGCAUUUCAAGAUUGCAUGUUGGCAAUGCAGCAGCCUCAACGGAGAGUUAAUUAACCGAGGCAACCGCAACGAUGAUUACGGUGUGAGCCGCAAAACGGUUGUUGAGUCAAACCACGAACGCAGGUUAUGUUUAAAAUAUUGAGUAUAAUAAAAGGUAUCUUA